AGAAUAGAAGAAGGUAAGGUGGAAACUGGUUGACGACGGUGUCCCUUACAGGAUCACCUAGUGCGUCAGUCACAGGGUGAGGGUUGAUUCUAUCGAUUUUCCGAGGUCAGUCCUAGCCUUCCGAUACGCUUGCGCGUGGUCGUGGAGUAUUUAUCGGAGUACAGCGUCGUCGAGCAAGGGGUGAGGUAUCAGUCAAGUAAAUAGGGGAUGUCCGAAGAGGUGAAGUCGUCGUGUCCAGUGUGGGAAACGUGGACCAUCCGCAUCAGGAGGUCACCUCUGGAAAGGGUGAUCCUAGUCUAGUUGAAAAGUACCGAAGGCCAAAGUGCCAUAGCAGGAUUAUCCUUUCGGGAGGGAGGGAGAGUGCCGACGGAGAAGAGAUAGAAGAAAGAGAGAGAGAAAAAGAGAAGACCUGGUGAGAAGGUGAGACUGGUACAGAACACUCAACUAAAAGGCAAUCCAAUGUAUUUCGGUUAUCGCGGCGACGGAAUAGAAAGAUGUCGCUGCCCCGAGAGUGGAGUUUUCAAGAGUCGUGUCGAUUGGUCGACCGAGGGCCAACCUCGACCUCGUCCCAGGAGAUGGUCGGCCCCGCCAUCAUCGACGAGAAUAUGAACCAACAGAACCAGCUGGGGUCCUUGUUCUCCAUUCAUUCGGCACCGGUGUUUGAUUUAAAUACUGGAAUACAAUCUCCAAAAAGACCAGCUUCCUUGAUGGUCCAGGCAACUGCGACCUCAACACCAGUGGUACCACCUCAUGUCAGUCCUCCAGAUACCAUUGAAGACGAGGACAAUGAUAACCUGCUGACUAUAUCUAGCUUGACCGCGCGACCUCUAAUUGCAAAGUCGCGGGAGCUAAGAUCAUCCAAGCAUUCUAGAAAUACAUCCAGAAAGAGAAAGAAAUGCAAGAAAGAAAAAGUACUCAAAAAUCCUCAUCAAAUUCCUUUGGAUGGCGGUUACGGCUGGGUCAUCGUAUUCGGAGCAUUCUUUGUUCAGUUCUGGGUAGCUGGUCUUGUCAAAUCUUAUGGUGUUUUAUACGUCGAGAUCAUGGAGACCUUCAGGGAUUCCUCGGCAUCCGUUGCCUCCUGGAUACCAGCCAUUCUUUCCUGCCUCUGUCUUGCUCUAGCACCCGUAACAAGUAUGUUGUGCCAAAAGUACAGCUGCCGUGAGGUCGUCUUCAUCGGGGGAUUAUUCUGUGCACUAGGACUCACAACAAGCUACUUUGCAACGAGUUUGAUUCACCUCUUCUUCACAUUCGGUGUCCUCACCGGCAUUGGUGGGGGACUCUCAACAACACCAGGAAUCAUUAUAGUCUCCCAGUAUUUUGACAAACAUCGUGCACUGGCCAAUGGGAUAUGCGUUUCUGGUACAGCAGCCGGAAGCUUUGUAUUUCCAUUGCUCAUAGAGGCAUUGGUAGCAAACUUUGGAUUCCACGGUACAAUUCUUCUUCUGGGUGGUUGCAUGUUACAUGUUUGCGUAAGUGCGACACUUUAUCGUCCUCUGGAAGAGAACAACGUGCAAGAAGAUGACACAGAUCAGGAUAGAGGAUCUUGCGAAAAGGUAUCAGAAACAUUGAAAGAGUUGGCUUCGACAAAGCAGCAAAAAUUGGAUUUACUAUUUGCAAAUGACUCCACUACGAGGCACAAUCUUUUGAAUGAGCUUUUCCAUCAGAAUACAGUGCUGGCUGUAGAAUUGACUGACAGCGAAGAAGAGAAAGACAUAAUGGGAGAAGGUCUCAGGAUGAAGCCGAUAUCAAAAAUUAGAUCAUCCAGUAUAUUGCACAGCGUAGAGGAUCUCUCUACAGAUUCAACCUGUGUUUACAAAGCCAGAUCAUCAUUGAGAUCAUUAAGAUCAUCAGCUCCAGCAGUGGCGCCUCCUGUCAUCAUCCAGCCCCAGGUCACAGAAGAAACCGGGGUAAAACAGUCCUUGACCCAAAAAAUAGCAAGAUAUCUGGACUUGUCUCUCUUGAAGAAUCCUCAGUUCAUAAUGAUGUGUCUCUCAGUCAGUCUAAUGUCUACUGGAAGUCCUUACAUGCUGUAUUAUCUUCCGGCUUAUGUUCACGCCGCCGGAUACACUAAAUCUGAAGCUGGAUACCUAGUGGCUAUAUCGGCUGCACUGGAUCUCUGUGGAAGACUCGGACUGGGCUGGCUCUCGGAUCUACAACUAUUCGACAGACGAAAAGGUUACAUUGGAAGUGUUCUUGGUGCUGGAGUUGCUGUCCUGGCUAUCCCAAUGGCUCAUUCCUUUUACGUGUUGGCAUGUUCCGUGGGAAUGUACGGACUAUGCCUAGGAUGCUGGUUCCUUCUUGUUCCCGUCCUGCUCGCUGACCAAUACGGAACUGAUAAGAUAUCAUCCAGCUAUGGACUGGUCAGAAUGUUCCAGAGCGUUGGAGCUGUCUCGAUACCACCAUUGGCAGGUUAUUUGCGUGAUGUCACCGGAAGUUACUCAGUCUGUUUCCUCUGCAUGGGUACAUGCAUGGUGUUGAGCGGACUUCCGCUUCUGCUGGUUUCCGGUGAAAAUUCGAAGCCCACUACUAAGGUGCCUGUGGACGUGAGCGGAACCGGAAGGGAUGCGGCAGUCGCCACUGCCAAAGAAUAGUGGAAAUGGAGGAAUAAUUAAUUCUUUCAAAUAAUCUGCAAGGAUGAGGCUGGCGGAUGUCGAAUUUGCUUUUUAAAAUUAAUGUAAACGUGAAGAUAAAGAGGACGUCCCGUUUAAGUCUCCUCGUUAUCAUCGUGAUAACGCCGACAUUUAUUUAUUAUGAUUAUUAUGCGUGAUGUUGUCGUUAUAUAUAAUUACUGGCAUUAUACAAUUAUCGUCGUCUUACAGUUGUUGGAUCUUUGGAUAUAGGAAAACGCGAGUUUCACGAGGAAUGAAUUUUUCGGUGCGUUCGCGGAAUUUGUACAUUUUUUCGAAAAAUUCAAGGCGACACGUCAUUGAUACGAAAGAAAGUAUCAGAGAAAUUUAAUUUGUCAGAAGAGCUUUCUUACUUUCUGUUCAUUCGGUAUACAUUGAUGUUUUCAUUUUAUUUGGUAAAACUACGAAAUUUUAUAAUGUUUCACUGUUUAUUCUUUUUAAUUAUUUAAAAGAAGUAAAAGAUACGCUUUAUCGAUUUCAAAUGGGAAUCAUUCGAGUUAUUGGGAGAAUUUAAUAUUUUUUUUAUUUUCAAAAAAUUAACAUGGACGCAUCGACUACGCGUGUGUUCUCUACACUAAUUUCGAGAAAACGACAUUUGUUUAAUGCGAAUCUUUUGGAAAUUCGCCACGCUGUUCUAUUCGAUUGCACGUUUUUUUAAACUUUGCUUUCCGUGUGUUUUCGAAUGAUCGUAUUUGUCGUUUUGAAAACGAUGUAUUUUGUGAGAAAGCGAAUUUUAGAGAGGGGGAGAGAGAGAGAGAGAGACGAGAGCGAGAUUAUAAUAAACGAAAGAAUCGUGUGAUUUUUUCAUGAGAAACUUUUCAACAAAAAAAAUGAUAAAAAAUACCGAAUCGCAUCGUUACCAUGGCUGUGCCUAAAGAAGAAGAGAAAAACUUUUUCAUUUUUCCAAGUGUGAUUUCUUCGUGAGAACGAAUGAGGGAGUGAAAGUGAGAGAGGAAAGAAUUUUUGAUUUUCCACUUAUACAUAUAUUGUACAUGAAAUUGGGACGACCCAGUCGGAAUUUCAAAAAUCUCAAACAGAAUGAACGAUUCUCGUUACUUAAUACGUGUAUUUUUGGUUUGCAAAUUUUUGCGAAUCUUUGUAAUUUUAUCUAACAAUUCUUAGUUCGACUGCUAUUUCCGUUCAUCGAGAACGAACGAGAUUCACGGCGAUAAUUGAAAGUAGCAAAUACUGAGGCUCACGCCCAUUUUCAUUGUCAUCGAUGACUCGGAGUCGUGAGAAAGUAUGGAUAGGACAUAGAGAGAAUGAAAAAAAAAGCGACAGACAACAAACGAUCUACAGCCUGAUUUGCAAAGAAGAACAAACGGAUUGCAUGAUAAAAAUAGGACUGUAGCUAAAUUAAUUGAAUAUCAAUUAUUAGUUCGACAACAAAACGCCGGGCAUUUGCGAGCAGAGAGAAUAAACUAAGAAUAUGGGAUCGGUACUUGCUUCAGUAUUGAUUCUGAUAAUAAAACAAAAAAGUGUUAAAAAACAAA